AAAUGUAGACAGAAGGGAAAAAGGAAGAACAGAAAAGGAGGCAAAACUGAGAGGGGAGGGGACAGAGAAAUGACCGGGGCAGAGCUUCACCCAUGACCCUGGAAAGUGAUCCUGCCCUGGGAGGAAGCUCAGCACAGAAAGAGGAAGGAAAGCAGAGCCUACAGUCACAGCAGCCCUGACGGAGCAUUCCUGGAGCCCAGGCUCUUUUCCACAGAGGAGGAAAGAGCAGGCAACAAAGACCAUGGGGCCCCCCUUGGCUCCUCCCCACAGAGAACGCAUCCCCUGGCAGGGGCUUCUGCUCGCAGCCUCACUUCUAACCUUCUGGAACCCGCCCACCACUGCCCAGCUCACUGUUGAAUCCAGGCCGUUCAAUGUCGCAGAGGGGAAGGAGGUUCUUCUACUUGCCCACAAUCUGUCCCAGAAUCUUGUUGGCUACAUCUGGCACAAAGGAGAAAGAGUGGAUGCCAACUGUCGAAUUGGAUCACAUGUAAUAGGAACUCAUCAAACUACCCCAGGGCCCGCACACAGCGGUCGAGAGACAAUAGACUCCAAUGCAUCCCUGCUGAUCCAGAACGUCACCCAGAAUGACACAGGAUCCUACACCCUACAAGUCAUAAAGGAAGAUCUUGUGACUGAAGAAGCAACUGGCCAGUUCCGGGUAUAUCCGGAGUUGUCCAAGCCCUCCAUCACCAGCAACAACUCCAACCCCGUGGAGGACAAGGAUGCUGUAGCCUUCACCUGUGGAUCUGAGGCUCAGGACCCAACCUACCUGUGGUGGGUAAAUGGUCAGAGCCUCCCGGUCAGUCCCAGGCUGCAGCUCUCCAAUGGCAACAGGACCCUCACUCUACUCAGUGUCACAAGGAAUGACACAGGACCCUAUGAGUGUGAAAUACAGAACCCAGCGAGUGUGAACUUCAGUGACCCAGUCACCCUGGAUGUCCUCUAUGGACCAGGCAUUCCCACCAUUUCCCCCCCAGACUCCUAUUAUCACCCAGGGGCAAAUCUCAACCUCUCCUGCCACGUGGCCUCUAACCCACCCACACAGUAUUCCUGGUUUGUCAGUGGAAUGCUCCAGCAACACACACAAAAUCUCCUUAUCGCCAACAUCACAGUGGAUAAUAGUGGAUCCUAUGCUUGCCUCGCCCAUAACUCAGCCACUGGCCUCAGUACAAUCACAGUCAAGACAAUCACAGUCUCUGAAGAAAAUGCCCCAGGCCUUCCUGUGGGGGCCGUCGCCGGCAUGGUGACCGGGGUCCUGGUCGGAGUGGCGCUGGUGGCCGCCUUGGUGUGUUUCCUGCUCCUUGCCAAAACUAGAAGGACCCUGACCUUUCCUAGAACCAGCAUCCAGCAUGACCUCAAGGAGCAGCAGCCCCAAGUCCUUGCCCCUGGCCGUGGUCCCUCCCACAGCUCUGCCUUCUUGAUGUCCUCCCUCUCCGCUGCCCAGGCCCCCCGACCUGGCCCCAGGACAGCUGCUCCCAUCUAUGAGGAAAUGCUAAAACAUGACACAAAUGUUUACUGCCGGAUGGACCGCAAAGGAGAUGUGGCUUCUUAGGUUCCUUUGGGAGCUGCUCCUGUGGGUUGAUGGAGCAUCCCGACCCCCCAGCCCUGGGGAUGGGGAAGGACAUGGAGCCUGAGCCAGAGAACCAGCUCUGAGUCCUGAAAAGACACUGGGGCCUGGGGAUAGGGAGGGAUGGAGGGUCCCUGUUGAAUAUCCGAGGACCCCGACAGGCUGCCCUGGGCUCUGGGUGGGCCAGGACAAAGGCUUCCCAUCACCACAGGAAGCAGAGGCUUGCAGAGAAAGUGAAUGUCACCUGGGGUCACCUGGAAAGGAUCUCAAUAAACAAGACCCUUCCUCUCA